AUGUUCUGCUUGAUUUUAAUAGUUUCAUGUUAUGCUCGAUUAAUAUUACAAGACCUAGAAAGUAUGAAAAUUUAACCUGAAGAAUCUACACUUCCUAGAUAGCAUUGUACGAACCAUGAUGCGUAAACUAAAUAUGGUUAUUUGCAUGUUCCUAAUGGUGCAAUAAAGGUCAAAAUAACAUAUCAAGUAUCAAAUUACUUGGAAAUAGGACCUCAUUCUGGGCAAUGGAACAAGUUUAGUAAUCUACUUUUUUUGGAUUUGCCAGCAGGAACUGGUUAUGGCAGAACAAAUACAACAAGAAACCUAACUUAUGAAGAUGUUGCGAUUGAUUAUGAGAUAGCAAUGAAGGCAUUUAAUAAAUUAUGCGGACUGACUUAUAAUAAUGUGAUUCUAUUUUCCACAGAUUUUGGAGCUAGAUUUGCUUUGGCAAUAGCAAAUAGAAGCAGUACUAUAAAGUGUGUUGGACUGUUGGAUCCAUUCUUAGACACGAUUAGUAUAGUGACAGAGAUACCCAAUUUCGCUUUUCACAUGGGUGUAAUUGAUUAUUAAGAGUUAAUAUAUUUUGAGAAAGCCAUAAUAAGGUUGAGUGAUGAUAUUUACAACGGCAACUAUUAACAUGAGAAUGCUAAAUUCCUGAAGUAACUCUACUAUUCGACUGGGAAUGUCUCUCUAUAUAACGUAUUGGAGUAGAAGCAAUAUUCAGAGGAUGAAGACAAGUUGGAAUAGAUUCUAAAUGAUCCAGAUUCACUCUAUUACAUCCCUUUUGAGACUGAGUUUUUGGCUCGCUCAUAAAAUGUGUUUGAUUAAUUUAAAUACAACUUUUUUGAACCUUUCGAUAAUGAAAUUAUACAGCAUUUGCUCAGUUACAAGAAUGUUCUGGUGUAUUAAUCAUAGUAUGACAUGCUUAUUCCUCCUUCAGGAACAAUGAAAUGGUUGAUCUCAAUUGAAUAUGAGUUGAAUGACUUCUUCUACUAGAAUUAGUUGAUUAAAUUAAUGAAGGACGAUUUGCUUAUUGGAUUGUAGAAAAGGGGAGGUUACUUAGAAUAUUUAUUUGUAUUGAAUACAGGAUAGGUGAUGCAUAGAGACAAUUGCAACAAUUCAAUGAAUUUAAUUUAAUAAUAUUUGGAGAGUAUUAUUUGA